GCGCUUGGAGGAGGAGGCGGGGACAGGACAACGCGCCAGGAGGAAGAGGAGGAGGAGGAGGAGGAGGAGGAGAAGGAGGAGGCGCAGGCGGAGGAGGGAAAAAAAGAGACCAUAGACUUCCACCUGGGUCUAGAGCGGCUCUUAAAGUAGUAGGGAGAGGAGGGAGGGCUGGGACCACCUUCAGUACAGGCCGCCGGCGGUAUCAUGGCGACCCGGAACCCCCCUCCCCAAGACUAUGAAAGUGAUGAUGACUCUUACGAAGUGUUGGAUUUAACUGAGUAUGCCAGAAGACACCACUGGUGGAAUCGAGUGUUUGGCCACAGUUCCGGACCUAUGGUAGAAAAAUACUCAGUGGCCACCCAGAUUGUAAUGGGUGGAGUGAGUGGCUGGUGUGCAGGAUUUUUGUUCCAGAAAGUUGGAAAACUUGCAGCAACUGCAGUAGGUGGUGGCUUUCUUCUUCUUCAGAUCGCCAGUCACAGUGGCUAUGUGCAGAUCGACUGGAAGAGAGUUGAAAAAGAUGUAAACAAAGCAAAAAGACAGAUUAAGAAACGAGCAAAUAAGGCAGCACCUGAAAUCAACAACAUAAUUGAAGAAGCAACAGAAUUUGUCAAACAGAACAUUGUCAUAUCCAGUGGAUUUGUGGGAGGCUUUUUGCUAGGCCUUGCAUCUUAAGGAUAUGAAUGAUCUAUCCCAGUGGAGUCACCUAUGAGAAGAGAAGUGGUGACAAGAUGCUGUCAACAUUGCAUACUAGCAGAUUCUCCAGGAUGACAAGAAACAAUUAGCUGGACGAUACCAAACUCACAGCUUAGCAUUUUGCCAUCUGAAAUUUGGCAGACUACUAUCUGCUAUAAAACAACCUAUAUGGUAUAUGUAUAAUAGUAUUCCUAAGCAAAACAUGGCUUUUAUUAUUUUUUAAAAAUUUGCAUUUGUUUAAAAUUUGCCUAUAAAACACCAUCAUUGGAAGUAGAAAGGGAGAGAGAAGCAAAAUCUGUUGGAUCUAUUCCCCAGUGAAAUAUUUUCCUCAUUUUAUUUUAAUAAGAUGUUCUCCAUUGUGCUUUUUAGUAUAGUGCCAAUAAUUAAAAAUUUGUACUAUAGCUUCAACAUUAGGGCUGACUUUUUUUGUCUAAAGCUAUGUUUGCAAUAAACUGAAGAACUGUGAUGCCCUUUUGUGGAAGGCUUUACAAAUAAUAGAGUUAUUAAAGAUAAUAAAUUUAAUACCGAUUUUUAGGUGGUUUUUUCCCUGCAACUCUUUCUUUGCUUAUGUAGUAAACAUUUUCAAGGAAUGCUCUUCUAAGGAAAUACUACACAUCUAAAGCUCUUUUUCUUUUUUUGAUGUCUGUACUUGUAAAAAUGUCUCCUUGUAUAUAAGCUAAAUUUUUUUUAUUCAUUUAUUUAGCCUGACAGCCCGGGUAGAAGUAAUUAUUUGGAGGGUACAUGUAGUUGGGUCACUGAUUCAUUUUAUUAACUCUGAGUGAAACGUUUUCUUUUUUAAAAAUCCGAAUUAUUUUUACCCUCUUUGUCACAAAGAGGUAAAAAUCACUUGAAAAUACGUAGUCGUAUAGUAUUGUCUGAGAAGCAGUGAUAUUCUAUAAAAUCAUGAGAUUGUAGCUUAAAGAGAUCCAUCUCUUUCCUCCACUCUGAGAUAUAAGGGCUAAGCCUUCAGGUUUUUAGGUAGCAUUAUGUUGGUUGACUUGCUUCUCAGAGCUGAUGUCACACUCCCUCAGAGGCUCCUUUGCCCGGAAAGCUUUCGGUAUUGUUUGUUUUGUUCAUAGAGUUGUGGAGCAGUAUUGGGGAAAAACAGCAGAACGACGCGUAUCAGUGUCUUCAGAUCGGAACUGCUUUGCAGAUAUCAGACCACCUCCUGUUGAUAGGAAGUCACCAUAGUAUAUUUUGUGUAUUGUAAACAUAAGGCAUUUCAUACUUUGAAGAUUCUUAUGGUCUGUGUGCUUUCACUAUCGUUAAGACUCCUUAAAAUUAAAUGUGAGAUUGGUCUUUGUUUUCUUCCUUUCCUCUCAUUAGCGUGUCAGAUAAAAUGCUAAAUAAAACUCCAACUUUCUCAAUA